CGUUGCUUAAGGCAAACCCAAAAGUAUUGCAAUUGCCACCCCUAUUGAACUAUAAAAGAGACCCUAAAUGAAUGAGCCAAUAAACUCAAAGCUUGUUCAUAAUUCUUUUGAUAAACUUGCUUUAAGAGUUCAAAUAUUUAAAGUCAUUGCAAAUUCUAACAUGGAGGGAAAAAACAAGAGGCUAGCAGUUUUGGUAGGGUGCAAUUACCCAAACACUCCAAAUGAAUUACAUGGUUGCAUAAAUGAUGUGUUGGCUAUGAAGGAAACAUUGGUGAAGCGUUUUGGUUUUGAUCGUUCCAAUAUCGAGCUUCUCACAGAUGAACCUAAAAGUUCUCCGUCGACUAUGCCAACUGGGGCUAACAUUAAGCAAGCACUAGCUAACAUGGUUGAUCGAGCUGAAUCAGGAGAUGUUCUUUAUUUUCAUUAUAGCGGACAUGGAACUAGGAUUCCUUCCACGAAAUAUGGACAUCUUUUUCAACACGAAGAAGCUAUUGUACCUUGUGAUUUCAAUCUUAUCACAGAUUUGGACUUCCGGCAAGUCGUGAAUCGGAUUCCGAAAGGAUCAAGCUUAACAAUUCUUUCAGAUUCAUGUCAUAGUGGAGGCCUAAUUGACAAAGAAAAGGAGCAAAUUGGACCAUCUAAAUUGGAAGUACAAAAAAAUGCCACAUUGGAACAAAGUCAUAAUAAAGCAAAAACUAUUCCUUAUGAGUCAAUACUUAAACACCUCUCAUCAUUAACAAACAUAAACACAACAGACAUUGGAACUCAUUUACUCGAGUUCUUCGGCUCCGAAGCGAGUAUGUUAUUUCGUCUUCCUUUACACGAUCUCGAUUUGUUCCAACCAUUGAAACCCGAUGAAGGGAUUCUGUUGAGUGGUUGUCAAUCUGACGAGACUUCCGCGGAUAUGAGUCCGAAUAUGAGUAACGGAAAGGCUUAUGGAGCAUUUAGCAAUGCAGUUCAGAUUGUGUUGAAGGAAAAUAAUGGUAAAUUGAGUAAUAGAGAGGUUGUGAUGAAGGCUAGAGAUUUUCUACAAAGACAGGGGUUUGAGCAACAUCCUUGUCUUUAUUGUAGUGAUGAGAAUGCUGAUGAUGUCUUCUUGUUGCAAUCUUAGGACUCAGAUUUGUGAUAUUUAUGUUGUUCAUAUUUGUAAUAUUGUAUGAAUUUUAUGUUGUUCAAAUUGAACUAUUUGUGAUAUUUA